AUGGAUAGCCUUGCCGCUGUUUCAGUUUACCAGGAGUCUGAUACUGAGAACCAGACACCGCACCUGCUGACUCCGAUACAGAUUGGCAACAGUUCCUUGAGCACCCCAGGAGAACAUCAGGAAGAAAGCACUCUAGCGAAUCUUGACUGCGGAAAUUUAUCGACCAAAUUUCUGAAAGAGGAAAAAUCACGAAACACUAGACCAGGGGGAGUCAAGGAAGAGUAUCUCAAAGAAGAGCGUCUUUACAGAGUCCUACACGAAAAACACUACGAUGGAAUAGGGCCCACGGUCGAUGAGAUUCCACUUGCACUAAAGAGCACUGUAGAUAAACCAAAAGACUGGUACAAAUCUAUGUUCAAGGCGAUGCACAAGGCAGGACGAAGUGGAAAUAUUGCCGAAACUGGCACCGACAUUUCUGACUAUUUAGACGAAGAAAAGUUCAAGCAAAAUGUGAAAAUCCGUUCAAACCCUGGUAGUAUUUCUAAGUGGUCGCCGGGUGAUGCUUAUGUGGCAGAAAAUGACCCUAAACCGACGUAUUCGGAACUCAUUUAUCCAACAACCCAUCUAGCAAGGGACAAAAAACCGAGUCUAAGAGGAGAAUCAGCAAGGGAUACUAUCUCCGAGAUCGCGUCAAAGCCAUGGGCCGAUUACCUCAGCGAUGUGGAGUCUCUGCCUGUUCCGAAGAAAUUGACCGACGAUUUGCCGGCGAAGCAGAUAAACGUCUGUAAUCCUGCGCCAGUAGCCCCAAUCAAGCCACUGAACAUCCUCGAGGGAAGCAUCAUCACUUCAAAAAGGAACUAUGUGACUCCCGCGCAGAAAGCUGUAGGUGCUUACAUGCAAACGACCUCAAGACAAUUAGUUCCUGAAACCGUGCACGACGCAGACCUAUAUAUUUCAGGCGCAAAGAGUGCUCGGCAAACUGCGAAAGCAACUUUUGAUUUCAAAGGUCGCUCGGAGCGAGAACUCACUGUCGCCAAAAACGAAAUUGUUCUCAUAAUAAACGAUGUAGACGACAAAUGGUACGAAUGUGAGCUUCGUGGGCGCACUGGCUUGGUUCCCAAAAACUACUUACAAUUUACUAAUCAAUUUCAUGUUAUUCAGUAUGGUGAAGCGAGGGGCAAGCACAAUUUCAAAAAGAAGAACAAGAACCAACUGUCAUUCGAACGAGACGAAGAAAUUCAACUGAUCCGCGCAAUCGAUCAGAACUGGUACGAAGCUAGAAUCGGCUCAAACAAGGGAUACGUGCCUAAAAACCACCUCGUCAUCGUAAAAGAACCGAUUACGAAUCAGGAUGACAAGAUCGGAAAAGACCUUAUUUCACCGGCGAAUUCACGUUCAAGUAGCAGGACGAGCAGCAGACCCGCGUCACGAGCAAUUUCAGAGUCUGAAACGCGCUCUUCGCCGACGAAAUCGCUCGCUUCUCAAGCCAUCUAUGACCUUACCUCUGCCGCUGACGACCUCGCCAAUCUAUCCGCCUCUGUCACAAACGAUUUGGGGGAUGAAAGCACACGGCCAGAGUGGAUUCCAAAGGACUCUGAGCGAUUCCAAGCAGUUUACGAUUUCACGCCGCAACACGACGACGAGUUAAAGCUGACGAGCGGAGACUUCGUUUAUGUUUUCGAGAAAUGCGCCGACGGAUGGUUCAUCGGCGCGCACGGCUCCACCGGAAACAUCGGCACCUUUCCCGGCAACUACACGGCCAAAGCUUAG